CGGCAGCAGCUCCCAGCCCGCACGAGGAUCUGCACUCUGCCUCACUCCGCUGCUGCCCCGGGGGAUUGUGGGAUUUACCUGGACGCUACCUGGAGCCUGCACGAGCACCGGAUUUACCCCACUACCACCCACCCCACCCUACCCCACCCGACCCGUGCGUCCGGAGGGAAACAAACAACCUGCUGCUCCGGAUCCGGAUGAUCCAAGGCGGAGGAGUUGGGAGCCGCGGGGGAGACGGGAGUUCUCAUUGGCUGAGGGAGAACCUGUUUAAUUAAGCAGCUUCAGUCAAACUACUUCAUUGGAGCAGCCGCUUCCGCGCACGCGCUCCCACUGCCGUGCGUGACCCGCCGCUCUCAACAUCCCGCAAAGUAGCGCAGAUGCCGCACGCGGGCUGAGGCUGCGGAGAGAUGCUGCUGUCCUGCAGGGAGGCGGGGGGGAGGGGGGAGCCGCGGGACCGAGCGCCGGGCCCCGCCGGGGGCGACGGGGACGCGGAGCGGGCGCGCACCCGGGAGCGCCUGGAGGCCGCGCUGUCCGGACUCGCGGAGCUCGAGCUGCUGCGGCAGCGGCACGAGCUGCUGGUCCGGGCCGCGCUGCACGAGCCGCCGCCGGGCAGAGAGCGAGCGAGCCCGCGGAGCCCCGACGAGAAACUGCUGGAGGACAACAUCCUGCUGCUCCGGAAACAGCUGAACUGCCUGAGGAGGCGGGACGCCGGGUUGAUCAGCCAGCUGCAGGAGCUGGACCGGCAGAUCAGCGAGAUGCGACUGGACAGCGAGGCGUCACAUGACCAGGUGGAGACGGACAGUCGACCCAGUUCAGGUUUCUAUGAGUUGAGUGACGGGGCGUCCGGCUCGCUCUCUAACUCGUCCAACUCGGUCUUCAGUGAGUGUUUCUGCUCGGCCGCCGACGCCGACGGCCGCCUGCCGUCCACAGACGAGCUGGUCGGCUGUAUGGAGUGCGGCGGUCUGGUCGGAGGACUCUGGGACGAGCAGUCGUCUUCGGGAACCGUCCGACGCUCCCUCUCCGCCCCCCACCCGCCCUCCCUCGACCCCCCGGCCGCCUCCUGCGACUCCCAGUCUAAAUACCACUGUGACCUGGUGGCCAGGAACGGCAGCGACGUCUACCGCUACCCGAGCCCGCUGCACGCCGUCGCCGUCCAGAGCCCCAUCUUCUUCCAGAUGCUGGGGAGCGGAGCUCACGGCAAAGACGAUGGACUUCCAAAAAGCGGUGAAAGUUGCAUCGAAGGACUAAAACUAGAAUCUCUUCCUCUUCUGCCCUCCUUCUCCUUGGUUUCAGCUCCUCUCGUAGCCCAAAGCGCCUCCUGGCCAGCCUCCUCCUCCUCAUCCCAAACUCCCGCCCAUAAGCGUCUGGACGGCUACAUCUACGGUCUGCUGCAGCGCCGCGCUCAGCCCGUCCGGACCAACAGACCCAGGACCAGCAUCAACACUGACCCGUCCAAGAGCAUCCUGAGGCAGGCCAGCCUGUGUGUGCGGCAGGUGUCCGGGCCCGGUCCGGGUCCAGCUCCCGGUCCGGGGACUCUGAGGGGGUCUGAGCUGAAGGCGUCAUGGCUGCCCUGUGGAGCGGCAGGGAGCUCCUCCCCCCAGAGGCAGUGGUCGAUGGAGAGCCGGGGUGAAGAGCAGGAGAACGGUGGCUGUCAGACACAAAAUGGCUUCCCUGCUGGUAACAGUGACGCACUGCAGCACGGCCUCCAGGCCGACAGCGGGGACGUGGCUCUGAGUCAGAGUGAUUUCACCGUCAGUAAUGGCUUCCCUCUCAACAGCAGUGUCCAAAAUGGCUUCCCUGUCAGCAAUGACAUUCACACAAACACGAACACCCUGAAAAAGAGAGGCUCGUCCUCAGCUAACAGAGGACUUCCUUCACAUGCAGUUUCCGCGGCGACGCUGCCCCGUGAUUACAAGGAGCUGGGCAGUCCCAAAGCAAACUCCUCCCCCAAAGAGAUCAAGCAGCCAUGUUGUCCUCCUCCACCAACCACAGACCAUGAACUUCCUCUUAAAUCACCUCAGAAUGUCAAAACUCAAUUAGCCACACCCAAUAAGAGUCCCAGGCCCCUCUCACCUGACCAAACAGGGAAAGGUCAGGAUAAGUCAGUGCCAGAGCUCGUCAGUCUAGGCUCCUCCUCCCAGAGCCAGGAUGAAGGAGGAGGAGGGGCGGUAGGAGGGGGAGGAGGUAGGGGUCACAUGGUGAGUGCCAAGUACGUUCCUGCUCAGCGGCAGAACGUUAAACUACGGAAGGGCGGCAGCAAGAAUGUCAAGAUUGUCAAGGUGAAGAACACCACGGGAGGACGGGCCCCUGAACACACCGAGCCCAUGUCAGAGAGGAGGGGCGACAGGCACAACCACCGGCCCGGCUCCAAAAAGUCCCGGCUCUCAGAGGAGGUGGGCACCACCCACCACAAAGCCUCCAAGAAAGCACCCGCCACUGGGACCGUGUGUGGGUCAUUGACCUCCAGAACCAAACGCAUCCCCGCAUCCAUCCCAGAAGGCCGAGUCCUGGACAAGCACGCCACAUCAACCAUGAUCAGCAUCACUAGCAGCCGGUCUGGCGUGUCCAGGCAACAUCACCAGGGUCACCAUGGAAACCACCACCACCAUGGUGGCAGUCAUCACCAUCAUCACCACAUCGGUCAUCACCAUCACCAUGGACGCGACCCAGUCGUGGUGGUCGCCAAACCCAAGUACAAACGGAACGAUUACCGGCGGCUGCGGGCGAUCACAGAGGUGCCGUACGACGAGGCGUUCAGGCGCGCCCAACGCCGACAGAGGAAGGAGCUGCUGAGCCAGGCCAACAUGUACCUCCCCUCCGCUGGACAGUUCAGCAGCCCAUACUCCUACGUGGCGGGCAGCGACUCUGAGUACUCGGCCGAGUGCGCCUCGCUCUUCCACUCCACCAUCGUGGAUACCAGCGAGGAUGAGCGGUCCAACUACACCACCAACCGCUUCGGAGACAGCGAGUCCAGCCUGAGCGAGGAGUUCGACGGCGAGAGCACCACCACCAGCGACUCAGAGGAGAGCGGUGGAGGUGGGGCUGGAGGCGGGAUGGGCAGGGGGAUGGGUCAGUACGGGGCAACUGGGACUGGGGAGGGGCCACAGGAAAUGACCACGGCUCAGGCCAAGGCCUUUGUCAAGAUUAAGGCGUCUCACAACCUGAAGAAGAAAAUCCUGAGGUUUAGAUCAGGCUCGCUCAAACUCAUGACCACCGUGUGAGUCAGCAGGAACCGACAUCCCACCGUACCAGGCCCGCCCUGGACCCACACCGGAAACACACUAUAGCUGCGGUACUGGUCCAGUUUUGGGAUUUUCUAUUGGAACAUCAAACAGGUCUGGCUGUUUGGGGAGGAGAGCAGCCCUGCUAGCACCCACUGAGAAUGAACAAGAACCAAAUGUGUCUGGGUGCCUUACCUGUACACUUCCUGUGUACCUGAACCAAACCAACUGUGAACCAAACUUAACAGACGAUCGGUGCCAAGGCGGUACAAGUACAUUUCAACACUGACAUCUAAACCAACCUGAGCCUCCAAGUCCAGGUAGUUUUCCAAAGUCACUAUGGAUCCCCAGGUCUUCUUCGCCUCUGAAAAUAACAUCACAUCUACUGGUUCUUCAAAUGGAUGUGAAGCAUUUUCUAGCAAAACCCUGCAAAUCAGUUUUGGAUUCUGUUAUUUGCUGAGAUUGCUCCAUCAUUUAUGGCGCAAGGGACUGGCACAUCCUGCGUCUCAGGAACUGUUGGCAGGCUAAACGGUACUGGCUGAGAGAAUUGGCAUUUUCCCUGAAAAGCAAAAAAAAAAUUUAUUAAUUAAUUUUAAAAAAUUGCACUACAGCCAAAUGCAAACACUCACAGCAGCUGAAGGAAUUUCAGUUUAGAAGCGACGCAGGUUUAACCCGCGCUAACCUCACAGAAUUGCAGAUGUUUAUAACAACUCAGCCGCCUUGGAUCUGGACGGCAGAUCCGGUUCAGAUUCUGUCAGAUGUUCAGAACCAGGUUUCCCUCAACCCUCUCAGCUUCAUACUGAGCUAACGAAGCCAUAGCAGAGUGUGUCAGUAUGCAACACAGGGUUCCCAGCAUGCCUUAGUGCUUACACACUGUGAACAGCAGCUGGUCAUGGACGGCGAGGAGGGCGGUUACCAACGGUUACAAGGGACAGGCAGCCAUAUUGGAGGAGUGCCGGUUAAACAACAACUGUAACUGUGCUUUGCUUUUCCUUCUUUCUACAUAACAACAUGGACUCUCCACAGAAGACGACAUGUUGUUGUUCAGGUGAUGAUGUCACCGUCUCUUGUCCUCGUAACCCACGGUAACCGCUCCCUAAACUCUCCACUCUCCAGCGCUGAGAUUCGUUUUUUUGGGAGUCCUAACGUGAAGGUGAAAGGUUGGUUUGGAGUUCAGGCAGAGCCAAUCAAAUUGGCCUCUUGUUCUCUCUCUCUCUCUCUCUCUCUCUCUCUCUCUCUCUCUCUCUCUCCCUCUCUCUUAUCUCUCUCGGCCCGACAAGUGCCUAGACCGAUCUGAACAUGGCUGUUGGUAGGAAGUGAAAGGAGGAAUCAGUUUUCCUGUUGGGAAGGUGUUCCCCGCUGUGUGCUAGAAGUGGUACUUAAAUAGGAUUCUUCAGAGGUUCUUCAGAGGUUCCCCAGAGCCUUCAGAGGUUCUCAGAGGUCCAUCACACAUUCUCAGAGGUUCUCAGAGGGCUCCUCUCAGAGGUCUGGCAUCGCUGCAGAAAUGGGAUUUCCCUGCACUUUGAGACAAACUGACAGCAGACAGGACACACGGCUGUUAUUCUCUUGUUUGUAUGUAGCCUUGUUUUAUAUUUAUUAUCAUAUGAACUUUGCCCUUUACUGUAGCGCCCCCUGCACAGCACGCCCAUAUCUGUAAAUGCUUCACUUUUCAUUAAAUGGUCCUGAUUUAAGGUUUUUUUUUUUUUUUUUUUGAUGAAAGCUAUUUAAAACCUAAUAUAUUUGCUUGGUACGCAUUGGAUGCCACACAUGAUGACUGACGGUCGAGCUUCAGGAUUUAUACACCAGGUCUGAUGUUUUUUUUUUUUUGUUUGUUUGUUUGUUUUGUAUUUUUAAUACUUUGACUGCUGUUGCUAUGGUAACAUAUUAAUACAGCAUUUCACCCAGGAUUGAGGUCAGUUAACUUUUUAUUAUGCCAGUUAGAGUUGUAAGUGCAUUUAAUUUACAAAGAGGAGACUAAUUUAUUGUGCUCGUAAAGCGGCUAGCGGACCUUUUUGACUUUUGUUCCCAUCGUCUGUGGCUUUAUACGAGGCGUGCCUGCAGUCUGGCGUGUGGGCUGGAAAAAGCUGUCGGAGGCUUUGUGAGUCCAUUGUCUCGGCCUGUUUCAGUCCACAGUUUACACGUUACACUUAUAAAUAGCUCUUUAAAGGCUCUGAACGCUCGUGUUCAGCUGCCGCGCUCCGUCUGUCUGCCAGGAGCUGCUGUCUCCGGCAUUUUGAGGCUCCUUUCAGGUUAUUUUCGGCGGGGCUGCCAUUUUUAAUAGUUUUUAACAUUUGGACUCCUGUUUGAACAUUUAAUAUCCAAAAGCCUGAACUGACCUCAGUCCUGAUCUCCACCCAACGAGCUGCUUUCCACUCUGCCAAUGGUACCAACUGUACUCAUGUAAAUGAUCACAUAUGCAGCUGUAAAUGACUGUUACUGAUGUGUGUGUAUAUAUAAUGUCUCUGUAUGUCGAUACUGGUGCUUAAUCUUUUUAUGCUUAAUUAAAUGUUGGUUUUAAACUCGG